AUGGGAUACAAAUUGGAAGACUUUGUCGAUAAGUCACUGACAAUGGAUGCUGUUCGAGCAGCAUACUCCUAUAUGAUCCAACCAGUAAACAGUGAGGAAUAUUGGAUCCCCAUAGAUUGUCAAGGAAUCCUCCCUCCCCCAAUCGUAUGUCUAGCUGGCCGGCCAAAACUUAGGAGAAUGAAAGCUCCUAUCGAAAUGGUGAUUGGCAAUAAAGUUAGAAAAUCGCACCAAGUAACUUGUAGUAAGUGUGGAGAGAAAGGUCAUUAUCACAAGACUUGCAAAGGUGCACCUAAGGAUCCAAAUUGGCAGUCAAAGACUAAAAAGACAAAGGAAAGCAAGACUCAAUCAGGAACUUCCAUUGGAGCAGCAACAAACAAGCUAGGACAACAACAUGAUCCAAUGGCAAAGGCAAAAAAGAAUAAGAAAAAGAUGCCAAAACUGAAAGUCUCGCCCAAUGUAGAUUUUGGUGAAGAGAUUGAUUUAUCUCAAUCUGCACCUCCUAAUGAUGGACCUGCUACACAGCAAAUUUCCGAACCUCCUGUUGGGUUUCGAAUGAAGCAAACCAUUGUGAGGCCGCCAAUACUACCCACUCAAAACCAUUUAGAGCCACUUGGACCAGCUACCUCAGGGGCAUCCGGCAGCUUGUUUACCUUCAUGCCAACACCUGGUUUUAGGCCUCCAAUUAACACUUGAGGAGAUUCAUUAAUGGAUUAAAAGCACCAAGUGAAGACUCAUGUAUUUUGUUGGUCUAUAAGUGAAGAGUCAUAUGUAUCUUAUGAACUCAAUUAAUUAUCUUUUGGUUC